AUGUGGGGCGUGCGGGAGGCGAAGGCGUUGCCCAACGUCUGUAGCUACAACACUGAGACCAGCGCGUGCGAUGUGCAUUCGUGGCCGAGGAAGGGGUCCGACGGGACCGCGACGACCAGGUACAUCGUGAAGUUCGGGAGCAACGACAUCGCUCCGCUCACGGCCGACCGUGACCUGUGGCGGCCUGGAUGGCAAGCCGGCGGUGAGGAGCUUGCCCCUCCUCUGCCCUCGGCCGCCGAGGUAGCGGAGGGCCGCCAGUGGCUGCGCUCCAGCUUCGGCCCCAAUUCUCCCUGGGCCAGGUGGGCGAGCCGUGAGCGGCGGCGCCAGAGGUUCAAGGGCUGA